AUGUCUAUGCGUUGGCUUCACCAACAAGGAAAAAGAGGAAAGAAGAGUAUUGCUAUGAGUUCGUUGCACUACCAGUUGUUUCUUUUCUUCUGCUUCUAUGCUGCUGUUCAGGCUCCAUACAGAGAAGGCGAUAUUAUGCUGGGUGGACUUUUCAGCGUGCACCAGCCGGGGAGCAGAUUUGAAGAGGUACAUUUGAGAGGAAUUGGUCGCAUGCAGGCCAUGAUCUUCGCAAUCGAACGAAUAAACAACGACACAAGUAUUCUUUCGAAUAUUUCCCUUGGAUACGACAUAAGGGAUUACUGUGGAAACCUCUCAAAAGCUGCAAGACUUGUUUACAAACUUUUAACUGUUGAUUCUUGCGUCAAUUUAAGCCAAAAUGCCACAAGAAAGAAAGCCAUCGUUUCUUUAAUAGGCCCGUACGAAUCUAGUACAGCGCUAUUCAUUGGUGGAUUUCUCCGGAUGCUCAAUGUUUCGAGCAUAAGUGGAUCAGCUACUAGUGCUGAACUUAGCUCACUUACCUAUGACCAUUUAUUUCGAACAGUGCCUUCGCAUACUUUUCUUGCAGAGGCGAUGGUUGACUUGGUUACACACUUCAAUUGGAGUUAUGUUGCUGUCGUUGGACUAGAUGAUUCGUAUGGAAAAAAUGGAGCAUGGGCAGUAGUUACCGAAAGUACGUGGAGAAAAAGCUCGUUCUGUAUUGCUUUGACGGAGUUUAUACGCCUCGAAAGUCUGAAUCUGAGUAUUCGGAACAUAGUUAAAAAGCUUAAACAGAUGGAAAAUGUCAAAGUUGUGAUCCUAUGGUUAUACGAGAAUUACCAAACGAAGUUUUUCGCAGAGGUUCAGAGGCAAAACCUAACUGGACGUGUGUGGAUUUUGAGCGAGGCUCAUUUAACUUCUACACUGCCACUAAAAGAUAUUCUCGAGAGCUCUUUAGGAUUUCAGUUGCAUGAAUUCAGCGACUCUGGCUUCAAGGAAUAUUUAAAAGAUAUAUUGGUCAGGGAGAGAGACAAUAGAAGUUUUCUUGAAUGGAACGACAGUACAAGCGAGAUAUGGAAACUUUUGAGGAGCAAGAAGUGUGUUCAUCAUCAAAUUGAGCAGUGCUCUAAAGACUUGAUUAAAGAAAUCUAUAGUUCCGUUAUUCCAUACACCAUCGACGCCGUAUAUGCCCUGGCCCAUGCAAUAGAUAUAUCAUCUCGAAAUUUUACCUCAAGCAAUACAGGUACUCUAGACAAAUCGCCCAUCGCAAAUAGUUUGGGCAUGCAGAAGCUACUUCAGAGAGUCAGUUUUGACGGACUAACAGGAAAGAUCAAGUUCGAUCAAUUUGGUGACAGAGGCUCGGCACAUUAUGACAUUUUCAGCUUUAAAGAAGGACCUGUGGGAGAUAUUGAGAGCAUUGAAAAGGUGCUGGUAGGAGAGUGGAUAAUUUCAAAUGAAAAUAAAACAAAGUUAGAUUUUCAUGGAGACUUUCAUUGGAAGACUCCGUUUGGUCGCCCUCCAAAAUCUGAAUGCUCGGAACAGUGUCCUCCUGGAACAAGGAAAUCUUCUACCUCACCUUGUUGUUGGCAGUGCCUUCCGUGUCUUGGUGGGACCAUCAGCUCAUCUGUUGGUUCUAAAAGCUGCAGUGAAUGUCCCAUCGAAACAAUGUCUAACCCAGCGAAUACAGAGUGUGUCGCCUUACCCUCUGCCAACAUAAACUAUGCAAGUGUAACCGGAAUUGUGAUUCUAACGUUUAGCACGUUCGGAGUAGUUAUUACAUUGUUUUGUCUGACUGCCAUCUGCAAAUUCUGGAAUAGUCCCCUCGUCAAGGCAUCUAACAGGGUGCUUAGCCUUUCUCUUUUACUUACAAUUCUUGCAUCAUUCUCUCUAGUAUAUAUUGAUGUCCUUAAAACCACAGAUGCAAUUUGCAUGAUCAUAUACCCGUUACGUUAUCUGACCUAUAACUUCUGCCUCUCCAUCUUAUUGGUUAAGGUGUUGCUUAUUUCCAGCGCUUUUCAGGUUCCCAUUGUGACCAGUUUGGAAUUCACUUCUUUUCCAAACAAAGCUCAAGUUGGGAUUGUUAUAGUAUCUCUAGCUCCACUGUUGUCGGUGUUGAUGCCAUGGUUGCUUUUGGAUCCACCCUUUAACAUGCAACAUAUCUAUCCAAAACAAUACACCUUUAACGAAUGCAAGGCAUACUCCAGCUCACUUGGAAAAUCUCUAUUCUUGGCAACAUGCUGUUAUAUUUUCUUGCAAAUGCUUGUGUCCUCGGUCUGUGCCUUUAAGAUUAGGAAGAUUCCUGAAAAUUUCAGCGAGGCCAAACGAAUCGCUUUUUCCAUGUACAUAUUUUUUUUCUCAUUGCUUUGUUAUCACCCGGUAGAAUUGUCCUUGGAUGGAUGGUAUGUAACUGUUGUGGACUGUGUAACAACUCUGUUGAGCGCCUAUGGCUUCCUUUGUUGUCUAUUUUUGCCCAAAAUGUAUAUUCUGUUCUUUAGGCAGGAGAUAAACGAUAUGAAUGGCAUUAGACAAGAAGUAACUCAGUUCUCGUUUAGUUCAAGUUGUGUACACGUAAACCGUGCUUUUGAUAGUUCUAAUUAG